UAACGCCGUUGCUCACUCCGACGAUAUUUAUUGUGUCUUGUGUGUGCAACGGAAAUAAAUAACAAAAUAAUUUAAUGUAGUGCCUAAAUAUAUUUUCUGCAUGCAUUAUUUGCUUUAUUAGUCACUGUGUAAAUAAUAUUUAUUAUUGUUGCUCCGAAGCCGCUUGGAAUAACGCCGAUGACGAUGUCAAAUAAUUCGCGGCCUCGAAGUGCUGUGCGUCGUCGUUAGUCUUCGGCUCUGGCCGCCAUUACUGCUUCCAGCAAAACCACGCUAUACGCAAAAUUCGUGAAAUUUGUGUAAAUUUUUCAACGAAUUAUCAACAAAAUUGUGCGUGCAGGUGUGUGAAAAGCGCGAUUAUUAUCAGCAGCAGCAACUGAAAAGUACAGGAAUAUCAAGAAGAAGAAGAUCAAUAACAACAACAACGCAACUAGAAAUCUAUAAUAAUAAUAAUAACAAUAACAAACAAAAACAUUAAUUCGAAUAAAGAUGAACUGAAAUGUGCAAAUUUGAUCAACGUAAUUAUGCCAAUUCACAUAAUUUUUUCGAUUUCAACGUGAAAAAUGUCGUCGACACAAUUGCUGGACUCGUUAUUGUUGUUGCUACCACUGCGUUGUCGUCGUAAUUGCAAUAAACUAAUCUCUUUGGCCCUGUUGUUGCUCUCAGCGCUGUUCGCAUAUAACGAGCAACGACAGCAGCAGCGACAGACGACGGCAGCAGAGGCAGCGGCAGCGACAGCGGACAACAACAGCAGCAGCAACAUAAGAAGUAGCCGCAGCAGCAACAACAACAACAACAGUAACAGCAACAGCAAUAGUACAGCAGCAACAACAAUUGUUACAUUGGACACAACUCUGUACACAGCAGUAGCAACUGCAGCAGUUGCUGUAGUUAAGCGACAUCCCAUUAGGAGCAACAGGAGCAGCAGCAACAACAACAGCAACCGGAGCCAGGACGUGGGUACGGAGAGGGGAACGGGCACAGGGGCUGCGUAUAUUUGCUGGCACAGCAGCCAUUGCCACCGCAGCCCCGGUGCUCAGUCGGCGGAGGCAGAGGAGGCGCAGGAGGAGCUACAAACGCAGCAGCAACAGCCGCAGCAGCAGCAACAGUUGCUACAUUCAACAGCAGCAGCAACAACAGCAACAAAUAAGACUCGUUUGGCGUUAAUAUCAACGCCGUUGCAUACGCUUAAGAGCAGCAUAUCUCCUCCAUCCACAGACGUCACAUUUGUGAGGCUAACAACAACAACAAGAAGAACAACGAAACUGUUGGCCGACUUCUGCAUAGAAUCAGAGGCCACAACAGCAGCAACAACAGCAACAGAUCGCUGCUGUAGAAAUCCACAGUUGUCAGUUGUUAUUGGCAAUUGUUACUGCAUAGCAUCAAUAGCAACUUAAGAGUCCCCUUUAUCACCUUUAUCACAACAACACCACAACAAUCUACAACCAACAACCACAAAACAGCCACAUUAACAACAUAGAAUUCCACACAUUUAUCAGCAAAACGUUCCAUACAACAACAACAACAACAACAACAACAGCCACAAAAUGUCAAAAUUAUCGUUUAGAGCACGUCAUCUGGAUCCGUCCAAGCAGAUGCCCAUCUACUUGGCGGAGGAGCUGCCCGAUCUGCCCGAAUACUCGGCCAUUAAUCGCGCAGUGCCCCAAAUGCCCAGUGGCAUGGAGAAGGAGGAGGAGUCGGAGCAUCAUUUGCAACGCGCCAUUUGCACUGGUCUCAUUAUCCCAACACCCGAAGUCCUGCAGACGGAUCAACCAUUUUACGAUGCGUAUUAUCCGCCGGAUUACAAGAUGCCACGUCAAAUGAUUCACAUGCAGCCGCUGGGUUUGGAUACGGAAGUGCCAGACUAUGACAUGGAUAGCGCAGAUGAGGAAUGGCUGAGUCAACAGCAGCGUCUGCAGUUGACGGAGCUGCGAUUCGAGCAGAUGAUGGAUCGGCUGGAGAAGAGUUCCGGUCAGACGGUCGUCACGCUCAACGAGGCCAAAACGCUGCUCAACCAGGACGAUGAGACGAGCAUAUCCGUGUACGAUUACUGGCUGAACAAGCGCCUCAAGAUGCAACAUCCGCUGAUACUCACCGUCAAGACAGAGAGCCGACCUGGCGCCAGCUCCAAUAAUCCCUAUCUGGCAUUUCGACGGCGCACCGAGAAAAUGCAAACGCGUAAGAAUCGCAAAAACGACGAAGCCUCCUACGAAAAGAUGCUCAAACUGCGACGCGAUCUGCAGCGCGCCACAACUAUACUGGAGAUGGUGAGGCGACGCGAGGAGACGAAGCGUGAUCAUCUCAAGAUGACAGUCAACAUCUUUGAGAAACGCGUCGAGAUGCGCGACUUUAACGGUGCCGUUUACUCUGAGCUCAAUGCCCAAUACAAGAACUCGAGACCUGUGUACAAUUCAUUGUAUGCGAAUCAAUACUCACAAGGCGCAACGGCAGGUGGCACAACUGGCACGGGUGCUCUACUCUCAGCAGGUGGUGUCCUACCUCCGGGUAUCCUGGCCGCCGGAGGUGCCGGAAACACGGCCGUCUAUGCGCAGGCGUCGCAGUACCUGAACACAUCGAGUAUGACAAUGGAAGGCAUCAGCGCAGGCAGCGGAAAUGGAAGCAGCAGUCGUAAGGAGAAGCGACCGUACAGGAAGCGCAAACAUAAACUGCCAAGGGAAAAGCAACAGCAGCAACAACAUCAGCAGCAACAGCAACUACAACAGCAGCAGCAGCAGCAACAACAGUAUUUGCCUGGUCUCGGCCUGGCUUCAUCUGCGUCUGGUGUUUCACCUGCGCAUCUCUCCCAUCUGCAUCAUCUGCAUCGACAGAGCGCUUCACCGGCGAACAACGAGUCAAAUGUGGACAGCGAGGAGGAGGAUUAUCUCGGUGUUGGCAACCAGAAUGGUAACAAACUGGGCUCCGAGAGCGAAGAGGAAGCGCCGUUUGCAUUUAGACGCAAAGUCAGCAGUAACUACCUGCGGAUGCGUGGAGAUCGUGAAGGUCGCUGGCCCUGGGAGUCGCCGGAUGAGAACCAGGAGGAGGAUGAGUUGCCGCCCGGUGCGGCUGUUGGGCCCGAUGCCAAGUAUCGCUAUACGCUCACCUCGAUCAACUAUCCCAGACCUCGCUGCAUUGGCUUUGCACGUCGACGUUUGGGGCGUGGUGGGCGUGUGCUGCUGGAUCGUGCCAGUAGCCGAUAUGAUGACUUGUGGUCUCAGUUUGAUUACACGGUGCUGGAAAAUGUGGUGCGGAGUCACAAGCCGCUCAAGAAUCAAACUGAACCGUUGCAGUUACUGCCCAAGCCCAGUUCCCCGCCCACCGUCGUGGAUUUGCCCACAAGCAAUGCGACAACAACAACCACAACAGUAGCAGCAGAUGGCAAUGUGGUGGUCACUGAGACAGUUCUCAAGGUGGAGCCUCUGUGCGAUAAAGUGCAGCCCAAGCAGGAGCAACUGGAGACAACAGAGCGUGAGCAAGCGGAGGCGGAGGAGGAGCAGGAAGAGAUUGAUGAUGAUGAUGAUGUGUGCACGGAAGAUGAGAAUAUCUCACGUCUGAGCGUUUACAGCUCGGCGGUGACGCUGCAACAGAAUCCCCACGAGACGCGUCUAAAGCGUCGUCGUUUGCGUCGUAAAAAGCAACAAAUGCGUGAACUGAAUGCCGCCAAGCGUUUCAACAGCGCUGCUUUAGAUGGGGGCGUGGCCAGUGAGGCGGCGGCGGGUUUGUUGCCACUGCGUCCAUUGCCCCGAGCGUAUUUGCAACGCUUGGCAUUGACGCUGCAGGCAACAACGCAGACUAAGGAGGUGGAGAUUGCAGAACAGCAGCCACAGCAGCAACAUCAGCAACAACAGCAACAGGAGCUGGAACUAAAGCAGGAGAUGAGCUGCGAUGAGCUAAUGGAGCAGUCACGUCAUGCCAAUCAUCAGCACCACCGUUCCAAUAAUAAUAACAACAACAACAACACCGUGUUUAAUAAUAAUAACAACAACAACAACAAUAGUAGUAGUAGUAGUAGUAAUAAUAUGAAUAAGAAUGUUAGCAUUAGCGAAAAAUUCAAUGUGAUAAAAGUGGAAGAGGAAAUGGAUGCGGAUGCGGAUGCCAAUGAGAAUGUUGAUGGAUUAGGAUUAGCUCUCGAUGAGCAACCGGUGGCAUCCACAUCGGCAGCCGCAGCCGCCGCACGUGCCGCUCAAGCGGCAGCAGCAGCAACAACCACAACAACAACAACUGCAACGCUUGAAGAAGUGGCUAAAACGAUAAAACGUGAAUUAAUCGAUGCCGAUGAUUCAAAUGAGCCACUAAGCAGCAUAAGAACAGCAACAGCAACAACAUCUGCAGCGACAACAACAAUGCAGAAUCCUGCCGAAUUGAUGGACGAUGAUGAGGCCGAGGAUGAUGUGAAUCUGGCACAAUUGAGCAACAUCAUUAGGCACACGGCGGUCAAGAAGGAGUUGCAGGCACAGCAGCAACAACAACAGAAACGCCAGCUGCUGCAGGAGGAGAAGUUGCAACAGUGGGAGCAACAGAAUCAGGUGCGUUGUUUCAACCAAAUGCCCGAUGUGAUUCGACUGCACAACAAGCAAUUGCACAUUAAUGCUGGAGUGGGAAUGGGAGGAGCAACGCCAACAGAGGAUGACAACGAUGCCUAUGAUUACAUGGGCGGCUUGUCACCCACAUCCAGUCAGCGUUUGGACAUUUGCAAUGAGCUGCUGUCGGAGAUUCGCCGAGAUUGGCUGCACUUUCGACCCAAGACGCCCACGGAUGAGUUGUCGGACAGCAACCAGGAGCCAGCGAAUCACGAUGACAAGCUGUGUAAUGGCGCCUUGGUGGAUUGGACACAGGACACGCCCAUUAGCAUCGAGCUGAGUCGCCUGGGCAAAUGUAGCAGCAGCGGAGUUGAUGAUAAUGACGAUGCUCAGUUUAUGAGCAGCGCUUUCAAGUACACGGAUCUCGAUGCGGAUGCACAGUUGCUGCAGACCGCCUAUGCGCUGGACUACGCUCGUGACAGCAACAACAGCAGCAGCAGAAGCAAUCAAAGUCCCGACAACAACAAUGGCAACUGCUCCGACACCGGUUCCGGCUCCGGUUCAGCAUUGGAGUUUAAUCUCAGCGGUGGCGAUUCCCUCAAUGACAUUAACAAUCUGUUGGGUGAUGAUCACAUGUUGGUCAACAUCUUGCAAGAGUGCAGCAUGGAUGAUCCCAAGGCCUUAAAUCAAGCGACCAACUUUUGGAAUGGCAUCCUUGAUGGAGAAGCAGCUGUUGUCGAUGAGGUUGAGAAUGCUGACAAUCUGUUGGACUGCAAAACGGCGGGCAAUAACAAUUCCAACGAGUUGAAACGCACGCCACGUCAUCGUGGUCAUCACAGAGGCAAUGUGGCACCAGUGGGAAGUUCCAGUUUCCUGGUUGCUGAGCGUCCUUCGUUGUUCUUUAGUCAAACGCCGCCGCCUGUUAAAGAGGAGCCGCCAAUAGUGACGGAAGUUGCGGUGCCUGUGAAGCUGGAAACUGUGGAGCUGGCAACAACAGCAGCAGCAACAACAGCAGCAACAAAAACAACAACAGUGUUGCCACAAGCAGCGGCAGCAACAACAACAACAACGCCAACGCCCGCCAAUGCAGCAACGAUAACAACAACAGUUGCAGUUGCGGCAGCAACAACAAUGCCCAUUGCAGUGGCAACGCCAGCGCCAACGUUGAUUGCCAGCACCACGGCAACAACAACAGCAGUAACUGCACCACAACAACAUCUGCUCAAUAUACCCGCCCAGAUAACAACACAACAACAGCAGCAGCAACAACAACAGCCACAACAACUGCAACAGUUGCCGCUGCAGCAGAAGCCACAACAAGUUGCUGUCACACAGCAGCUGUUAAAUCAAUUUGCGGCAAGUGCAACAGCAGCAACAACACAGCUCAUAGCACGCACUGAGUUCGUGGGCAGUGGUGCAGCGGUGGGUGACAUUGUGACAAUUACGCCGCACACGGGCAGCAGUCCGUUGACAUUGACGCCACAACAGCAACAGUUGCAGCAUCAGUUGCAACAGGCGCAGCUGCGCAAUGUGACCGUGCAACAAAGACAAGCAACACCACAACAACAACAACAGCAGCAGCAGCAGCAGCAACAACAACAGCCGCAACAGCAACAAUUGCUGUUUCAAAUGCAGCGUGAUAUUGUUGGUGGACAACCGGCUGUCAUCUCGUCACAGAGCAUUGUGACAACACGCAGUGGCAACCACAUGAUUUAUACCACCAGCAGUGGUGAGAUAAUGACAGCCGCUGCUCAAGUUGGUGGUCAGAAGGUUACCUAUGCCAUACAAAAGAGCGGAGGCGGUGGUAGCACCUCCCUGGGUCCCAACACUGUCAUAACACUGUCAAAUGUUAAGCUACAAAAUGAUAAUGAUAACUCCUCCAAUGCCUCGUCGAAUUCAAGUGUCAACAUCAUCAAUACGGCAAGUGGACAACAGUUGGCGGUGCACAGCAUUUCCAACAUGCAACAGCAGCAACAACAACAGCAGCAGCAACUGCAACAACAACAACAACAGACAACGACAAGCACACCGUUGAUUGUGACCACGCCCACGCGCAACAAUAACGCCCAUCAGCAGCAGCAACAACAACAAUUGGUGCAACAACAGCAGCAACAACCAAUUGUGUGGCGUCAAGUUAGCGGCACAAAUACAGCGGUGGCAACCACAGCGGUGCUCUCCAGCACCACCUCGGAGUCGGCCACUGCGGUGGGCAACAAGAUCGUGUGGGCGGGACGUGCGACACAAAAGCGACAGCUAAAUGGACCCGAAAACACAGAUAUUAACAAACUGCUGCUGAAUCGUAAAUUCUCUCAAAGGAAGGUGGGUCAACAGGCGGUGGCCCAGCAGCAGAUUCAGCUGACGAAGCAGCAGCUGCAGCAGCUCAUGUUGCAGGAGGAUGAGCUGGUGGCCAGUGGAGCUGGAGAGCAGCUCACCCUGCAGGAUGGCGGCGAAGCGAUGCAGCAUCAACAGCAGCAGCAGCAACAACAACAACAGCAGUUGCAAAAGUUCAGCAAGGUUAUAAAAAUGGCACAGUUUCCGCUCUUGGUGUCCGACCUGAAUCUGCAACAACAAACGGGACAGCAGCAACAACAGCAGCAGCAACAACAGAAACCCAAUUCAGCAGCAGCAAUUGCGGCCAAUCACAAUUACAGUCUUCAGCCGGCAACAGCAAUAAUCACAUCGCAGGCGGCGCCACAACAGGCCAACAAAAUCUUCCUGACGAGCAGCAACAGCGGAGGAGCAGGUGGAGGCGGUGGCAACUUCACAAUUGCCACGGCCAGUGAACUCCAAGCUGCGGUGGCCGCCGGUAAUGUGGUGGGUCAACAGAAGCUACAUUACAAGGAGGCGCCACUCAAGUUAAACUUCGUGAGCAGCGCCGGUUCGGUGAGCACAGCCGAAGCGUUGGUCAGUCAGGCAUCGCAGCAGCUGGGAGCCACCACAGUGGUGCUCAACAAGACGGGAGCACCGCUCACCACAGCCAUACAACAACAACAACAGCAACAGCAGCAGCAACAACAUCAGAAACUCAAGACGAGUGGUGGACAGGUGCAGGUGCCCGUGUCAGCGGGAGAUAAGCGUGUGCUCUACACCAGUUUGCUCAACGUGAAGCCGCUGCAGAAGAACAACACGGGACAGAUGCAGAUGCAACUGGGUCCAGCUGGAUUGCAGCAGGUGCUGCGUGGACGUCUUAACAAUUCGGCAAUUCUGACGCGUACGCUGCCGUUGGGCACAACUGUUAAUAGCACUGGAGGCGGAGGUGGAGGAGGAGGCGCGCCCACAACAAUAAGACAACUGGUCAGCAGCAAUGCCAACAACAAUGUGGCCACUGUGGAUGUGGCAACAGCCGGAGCCAAGGAGGUGGGCAAGACACAGCUGACGGUGGAGCAAGUGUGUCAGAUUGCCAGUGCCAACAAUGGAGGCGUUGUAAUGCCUACAACUACCAACAACAACAACAACAGUAAUAGUAACAACAAUAACAACAACAGCAAUAGUAACAACAAUAACAACAAUGGCAGCGGAGGAGGAGCAGGAGCAGCAGCCAGUGGCAAUGGAAAUGGAGGAGCAGCUGGUGGAGUAAAUGCAACAACGAGCAAUGUGAAUGCAACGCCAACAAUCAACAGAUGAGACACGGAAAUCAGCUAACAUGCAGCAUGUUGCACUCUACAAUUGCCCAGCGGCAUUUCGCUUAGCCUGGCAACAUCCACAUCCACUUCGACAUCGACAUCCGCAUUGUCAUCGGCAUCCUCCUCGAGUCCAUUAAUGCUGGCUUUGGGGCAACUGUUGCAGCCGCCCUCGCAGUGCUGCUGUGCGCUCUGCCUGGCGAACAAUAAGAAGAAGCACGGCAAGCAGACGUCUGCCUAGAUGGCAAUCCCGUAUAUAUAUACAUAUAUAUAUAUAGAUAAUAUUUAGCAUACCAUAAAACCAAGAAAUAUUCUACAUCAGAGUAUAUCUUAAAAUUGUGAGAGAGCCAACAACAACUCGCCCCAAAAACAAAUCCCAUAGAUUCUACAAAUUCUUGUAACAUAUAUAAAAAGAGAGCGGAAAAAAGCUGCUGCAAACUGAGCGUGAUGAUUUAGUAACUCUUAUGAUUAUUAAUGUAAAUUGUACUUUGUAGAUUUCUUUGCUAAACAUUUGCUUCAAUUCUGCAGAGAUAAUGAAAACAGAGAGAAGAAAGUAAGAAAGAUACUAUUGUGUAUAAAACGAGAGAAAAAGCCACCAAUAACAAAGUUCGCUUAAUUUUAGAUUAUGUGUGUAACAAACGAUUCAGGUCUUAUUUUCAAGAUCGCCUAACCAUAAAGCUUAAUUAUUAAUUAAUUAAUGAAUAGAAUCGCAAUCGCGCUCAGCCAGCAACUAACCUAAAUUAAAUGCAACAUAAAGAACGAAAGGAAAUAAAACUAUAAACUCAUGUGUUAAAUAGCAAACUGUACAUAUUUGAUAAUAAUUUUAAAUGAUAAUGCUAAUAAAUAUGUUUAGAAAUGUAAUGUUAGUUGGCAACUCAACAUACACACACACAAACACACACACACACAACCAAGGCACACAACAAACAACUUGAACAUUUGGCAUUGUUGGCUUUUUGAGCUGUUUUUGCCGUUUCAGAACCACGCGCUUUAGCAACGCUGCCACGCCCACUCGAUAGGCGUUUUGGCAGCGUGCGUAAACAACAAACAAAACAAAAAUAAAUAUGAAAACAGAAUAUAAUAAUUUAAUAAUAAUAAUAAUAAUACUAAUAAUUAAUAUGAGAGAGAGAGAGAGAGCAAAACAUUUUUCAAUGUACGUAAAUUAAAUUAACUUAUGCUGUAACAACAAAAACAUUAAACUACAUUUAGUUAUUUUAACUAUGGAAACACAAAAUGAAAGGAUGUGGAAAGGGAGAGAUAGAGAGAGAAAGUGAAAGUGAAAACGGAAGUAAUGAUAACGAUAAUGUUUUUGGUGAUUAUCGUAAGGGCGGGAUUACUGUAAACAAACACACACACACUCCCACAAACAACCAGAAACACACACAUAAAACACACAUACACCAACACUAUUAAUGUACGCUAUUAUUAAUAAUAAUAUUAUUAUUAUUUUUAUACAAGGUAAUACUUUUAAUUGUAACUGUAACUGCAAAAAGCAAAUUUCAAUGCUUGCGCAUGAGUAAAAAAUAUUUUAAAUCCAAAACAAAAUGCAAAAAAAUUAAUAGUAUACAUAUAUAUAAAUAAAAAUAUAUAAAUAUAUUUAAUAAUAACAUUAAAUAAAGUAUAAUUAAUAUAUGUAGCUGUACUUUCGUUAGCAUGUAAUUUAGAUUCAUAAGAGCAAGCGAUAAUAAAAAUGGAAACAAAAAUGCAA